AUGUUUGGCGUUUCCAACUGGCUCAUCGCGGCCAGCGUGGCUCUCGCCACGGCCGUGUACUGGGCUUUCAAGGCCGUGUACAUGAGAACCAGAUUCAGAGGAUUGCCUCAACCGCCAAAGCACUCAUGGAUCUGGGCGCACACAAUCAUCUGGGAAGAGCUGGCAGCCACCCUCCCGCUCUUCACCCACCCCCAGCACAUCUAUACCAUCAUGGCGCAAAAGUACAACCUCGGCGGAAUCUUCUACGUCGACAUGUGGCCCUUUGUCGAGUCCCAGGUCAUCAUCACCGACCCGGACGCCGCCCAGCUCGUCCUCACCACGAAUCCCUACCCCAAGCACCCCACCAUCGAGCAGUUCCUCCGCCCCUUCACCGGCAAGGACAGCAUCGCCGCCUCCAACGGCGACCGCUGGAAGUACAACCACCGCAUGGUCGGCUCCGGCUUCACGCCCACCUACGUCAAGCCCAUGGCCGGCAUGAUUGCCGAGCAGGUCCUCAUCUUCCACGAGCGCCUCCGCGCGUUUGCUGCCAAGGGCGAGUCGUUCAACAUGGAGGAGGAGUCGGCCAAGACCAUCUUUGACGUUGUCGGUAAGAUUGUGUUUGGUGUCUCUCUCGAGGCCCAGAGGUCUGGUUCGCCACUGCUUGAGGAUUUGCGAAACUCGAUUAACCCCGCCACCACCUUCAUCGGCACCCGCAACCCAUGGAAGAAGCGCAAGGCGCAGCAGAAGUUGCAGGCGCUCAAGGAUCGCGUCAGGGAUACCUUGGCUAAGGAGAUGAAGGAGAGGUUGCGCAUCCUGCAGGACGAGAAGGAGUUGCCUUCGCGACGACAGGUCAAGAGUGUCUUGGACCGCAUCGUCCUGGACAGAAUCCAGAGCGGACCGGGCAUGGGUCUCGACGACGAAUUCAUCGACACCGCUGUUACCAACCUCAAGGCCCUCCUCCUCGGAGGCCACGGCACCACCACCGAUACCUUCACCUGGGUCACAAUGUUCCUCUCCCUCUACCCAGACGUCGUCGCGCGCCUCCGCGCCGAGCACGACGAGCACUUCUCCCCGGACCUCGACACCACCGUCGAGAUGCUCAUCGCGAACCCGCAAAAGACAAACGACAUGGACUUCACCAAUGCCGUCAUCAAGGAGACGCUCCGCUUCUUCCCCAUCGGCUUCACCAUCCGCCAAGCCCCGCCCGGAACCACGCACCUCGAGUGGAACGGCCGCCGCUGGCCCGUCAAGAACCUCAUGGUCAUCCCCUGCGCCCACUCGACGCACAUGGACCCGAAAGUCUGGGGCGAGGACAGCAAGAGCUUCCGGCCCGAUCGGUUCCUGGGCGAGGACGCCAAGGAUAUGCACCGCUUUGCGUGGCGGCCGUUUGAGCGCGGGCCCAGGGCGUGUAUUGCGCAGGAUUUGGCCAUGGAUGAGCUGCGCAUCAUGUUGUUGCUCACGGUGCGGUGGUUCGAUUUCGAGACAAUUGUGAAUGGGACUACGCAGAGGGUCGAUUACAUGGAUAUCGAUCACAAGGUGGGCGAUUUGGCUUUUCAGAUGGUUGGUAUGGAGGCUAGGCCGAGGCACGAUAUGAAGAUGAAGGUGCACGUCAGGGAGAGGAAGUGA